AGGAGGUCAUCGGCAGAGGCUGCCGGGCUGGCCGGAGACGAGCCGCCUACCUUCCAGGAUGCGCGACAUUUUAAUUGCCGUCUGAUUUCCUCUCCGGCAUUUAGCGGAUCGGCGGGUUUGCGGCAUCGCUCGACCUUGUGGCGAUCGCAGUGAUUUCUGUCCGCGGUUACGAUGCACGAUAAACACAGUAAAAGGCUGACCCUAUAGCCGAAGGCAUCUUAGGGACUUCAUUACAGUCGCUUGAAGCCUGGUAGUUUGCCCUGGUGUGGCCGCUGCCUGGUCACACGGUCCUUGUCGACUGGUAUUACUUCUUGCCUUCGGAAGGCAAAGGAAGACCCGAGUCCUCGUGUCCCUGGUUACCUUUGCCCGUGCCUUCAUUUGUCUCCCCCGACCUGCUGUGGCUGCCAUUCAGACCUGAUUGUCGUCCCUUUUUCUGAUUGACUAUACACCGCCUCCCCCAAAAUGAUUCCCAACGGAUGUUUGAUCUUCGAAGACGACAGCUUCCUGGAUUCCACGGUGGCCAAGAUGAACGCCUUACGCAAAAGCGGCCAGUUCUGCGACGUCCGACUGCAGGUGUGUGGCCAUGAGCUCAUGGCCCACCGUGCCGUCUUGGCGUGCUGUAGCCCGUACCUGUUUGAGAUCUUCAACAGCGACAUGGAGCCCCACGGGGUCGCCCACGUCAAGUUCGAAGACCUGAAUCCGGAGGCGGUGGAGGUCCUUCUCAACUACGCCUACACCGCCCAGUUGAAGGCCGAAAAAGAGCUGGUUCGGGAUGUCUACUCUGCUGCCAAACGGCUCAAGAUGGAAAGGGUCAAGCAGAUCUGUGGCGACUACCUGCUCUCAAAGAUGGACUGCCAGUGUGCCAUCCCCUACCGCAACUUUGCCAGCCGCAUGGGCGAUGGACGUCUUGUCAGCAAGAUCGACGGGUACAUGCAGGAGCACCUGCUGGAGAUCUCGGAACAGGAUGACUUUCUCAAACUCCCUCGACUGAAGCUAGAAGUAAUACUGGAAGACAACCUGAGCCUGCCCAGCAACGGUAAAUUGUACUCCAAAGUGAUCUACUGGUUGCAGCGCUGCCUCUGGGAGAACGGGGAGCCCUUGGAAAGGAUGAUGGAAGAGGUGCAAACGCUGUACUACUCGGCAGACCACAAGCUGCAUGAUGGGAGUCAGCUUGAGAGGCAAACUGAGGUGUUUGGCAAUGAUGACCACAUCCAGUUUUUGCAGAAGAAACCGGUGAGGGAGAACUUCCAGAAGCAGGCCAGCACCAGUUCCUCUGGAAGCCUGUCCCCAGGCUCGGUGACGCAGCUCUGCAAGCACGAGUGGAAGUACAUCGCCUCGGAGAAGACCAACAACAACACGUACCUAUGCCUGGCGGUGCUGAAUGGCGUGCUGAGUGUCAUCUUCCUGCAUGGGCGUGGCAGCCCCCACAGCUCCCCUUCCAGUACCCCCAGCCUCCCCAAGAGCAUGAGCUUCGAGGGCCAGCUGGAGGAGCCUGAGGAGAGGCUGCGGGCGCCCAUGCACUACGCCCGCUCUGGUUUGGGCACCGCCGAGCUGGAUGGCAGGCUGAUAGCUGCAGGUGGGUAUAACCGGGAGGAGUGUCUUCGCACGGUAGAGUGCUACGACCCCAAGACGGACCGCUGGACCUUUAUCGCCCCCAUGAGGACGCCGCGGGCACGCUUCCAGAUGGCUGUGUUGAUGGGUCAGCUGUACGUGAUGGGCGGGUCCAACGGCCACUCGGACGAGCUGAGCUGCGGCGAGACCUACAACCCGCACGAGGAUGAGUGGACCCCGGUGCCAGAGCUGCGCACCAACCGCUGCAACGCCGGUGUCUGCUCCCUGAACAACAAGCUGUUCGUCGUGGGGGGGUCGGACCCAUGUGGACAGAAGGGGCUGAAGAACUGCGACGCCUUUGACCCGGUCGCCAAGAUCUGGACCAGCUGUGCUCCCCUCAACAUCAGGAGACACCAAGCAGCAGCCUGCGAGCUCAGCGGCAUGAUGUACGUCAUCGGAGGCGCAGAGUCGUGGAACUGCCUGAACAGCGUGGAGCGCUAUAAUCCAGAGAAUGACACCUGGACGCUGAUCGCCCCCAUGAAUGUGGCCCGGCGGGGGGCAGGAGUGGCUGUGUACCAGGGGUGCCUCUUCGUGGCCGGCGGGUUCGACGGCUCCCACGCCCUGCGCUGCGUGGAGGCCUACGACCCGGCCAGGAACGAGUGGAAGAUGCUGGGCAGCAUGACGUGGGCGCGCAGCAACUGCGGCGUGGCCGUGCUGGACGGCGCUGUGCACGCGGUGGGCGGCUUCGACGGCAACGACUUCCUGAGCUCGAUCGAGACCUACGAGCCGCAGGACGACAACUGGAGUCCCUGCAUGGAAGCCGGCGGCACCGUCUCCAGCUGAGCGUGACCGGCAAACUAACAGGCUUGGCGAUUGUAAUUUGUUCUAGUGCCCUGGAUUGGGUAGGGUUUGGGUGGGUGGGGCUUCUGGAAUGGGGGUGGGGUUACAUGGAUGGGUGUGGUUUGAAAGAGUUGCUGGAGCAACACGAAGCCUUUGCAUCUAAUUUGUGCUGUGUAUAUAGACAUCACCCCCGGUAUAGUACCGCAAACGCCAAUGUCCAGCACUUUUUAUUUUAUUUUUUUAUUUUUGGUUGGAAGAGGUUGCGUCUUAGAGUAACAUUGUUACCCAUUUUUGCAGAGUAGAUGCCUGUCAUACAAGUUAAGCUUUUUUUUGCAUUAGUUAAAACAGAAAGCCUUAUUCAAGGCAGGGGUUUAUAGAACUAUCUUGUUUUAAACUUUGUUACCAUCGCCUUGGUAGCUUAUGAUUGCUUUCUUUUUAAGCGUAUAUGUGUACAAAGUGAGUUAAUGUAGACGGGCUGGAUGCUCUGGUGUGAGAAUUAGAGCCAGUCAUGGAGGGAGGGAGAGAGGGAGGCCCCUGUCGGCGCGCUUCGGCUAACAGCAUGACCUUCACCAAUGUCCUUCAAUUCAGGUGCUGCCUCUGUUUUCCUCCUAUUUUCUUGUUUUUGUUUUCUAACCAAUUAAAACGGACGUAGUUUUCACUUUUGUUACAAGCUAUUUCGUAAGUAAUAAAUAUUAAACCACAA